AUGAAAAGCCUCUCCAGAUGCGAUGAGACGUCUAUGAGUUGGUCCAAUCAAAACGGAAAUAUCAAUGGUGCACCAUACGAUACAAAUGAGUUGCAUCCUGUUUAUGGUGAGGUCCAUGCACCUCCGCAUCCGAUUCCAGCUCACAGCGACUUUCCUUCGUAUGUAACAGCUAAUGGACACCAGAAUGGUAUCGAUAGUAAAAUGGAUCCUGAUAGCGGGGCGUUUAUUGCAGCAGGCACUGCCGGCAAUGCUGGUUUUGAUUUACGUUCACUUGGUCUAACGGAACACGAAUUGUAUUCGGCUGGUUUGCAUCCAUCAAAUUUUGAUCCAUUGACAGCACAAGGUAAACAGUUACCAUUGAAUCAAUAUAAAAUAAAUUAUGAUCCAAAUCCGAUCGUUAUCAAAAAACAGAUUCCAAUUGAACAACCAACAUAUAAACAACAAAUUAUCGUACGUUACUUGCGUCCUCCAACACCACCGCCACCUGGUCCAUUGGUAAUUAAAGAAGUACGCCCUCCUCAACCUGCGCCUGCACCACCUCUUAUUAUCCGUACACGAGCUCCAAGAGGAAAAACGCCACCUCCUAUAAUAAUUCGUGAACAGCCUCCCAUUGCGCCACAAGUUGAUACACAAACUCGUUAUCUUACAAAAAUGUUAUCAAACGAGCAGCCGCCUCUUCAACCAUAUACAUAUGAACAGCAACAGCCUCAGCAAAUGUACAAUAGCAACGGAUAUGCAAGCAAUGGAUAUGCAAGCAACGGAUAUGCAGGCAAUGGAUAUGCAAGCAACGGAUAUGCAAACAACGGAUAUGAAAGCAACGGAUAUGCAAGUAAUGAAUAUGCAGGCAACGGAUAUGCAGGGAACGGAUAUGCAAGCAAUGGAUAUACAUCUAAUGGAUAUCAAACGGCAUCCGAUCCCUCUUAUCCAUCAGGAAAUUUCGAUAAUUUAUUACUAGGUGGCAAUCAACUUAACGAUAGUGUGAAAUAUGGGGAUAUUAAUAGUAAAAACUGGAUUACGGAAGUUGUUGGUGGAAGAGGAGAACGGAAUCCGAUACCACAAAGUUUGCUCGGUAAGGAAUAA